GGUGUUGAAAACAUAGUUUCACAUUGAGUUAAUUCGUGCACCAUCUCGGGACAAUGUACGAGUGUUCGAGGGAAAAUACGAAAACUCAGACAUUAGCGCCAACGCGUCCUUGAGCGUCUCGCUUCUUCAUACACGUCAUGCAAAACUUUCGAUAAUCGACACCUGCCUGUCAGGACGAUAAUUACGAUUUUUAUUUUAUCGAUAGCUUUCCGAAAAAGGUGCUGCUUGUGGCUAUAGCAGCACUAUCGGCAACCGAAAUCGGAAGUGCAUGUGCAGUCGCAGUGCAUUCGCGAGUUCGUUCGGGCAAGUACACGCUCUUCUGCAAACAAACGGUUGUAAAUCGCAGGCAACGUUGGUAUCGCAUUGGAAGUACAUUGAGUGCGGUUCAAAAUGGCUAACUGGGGUGGCAUGAAAAUGGGAGGCAAACAAGCACCGGCCAACAACAAGCAGACAACGGUGCGAUUUUCCGAUACGCUGACGGCAGCACUAGCCAACCGGAAAAACAAAUACAAGGACGUAUCGAAAGAUCUAAACAAUCGCAUCAAUCGCGAAGAGCUGGAGGGAGAGAUCUUUGUGCCGAAUUAUAGUAUCGCGAAAAUUAAGGCCAUGAUCGUGCGCGUCGUCAAGCAGCAGUUUAUCAUUCGCAAUGAGGACGGCGAUGUGUUACCGUGGAAGUACGAUCCAGAGAAAAACCUAGAAAUGAGUCAAUCGAUCGCGAAGGCGGUCAAGGAUCGGUUACGCAACUUAAAUCUACCGCGCUAUCGCUUUGUCUGUCUCUGCUCGGUCGUGGAAAAACAACUGCAAGGUGUGCACUACAAGAUGAAGUACAUUCUGGACCCGUAUAUGGAUAACUACGUAGAGUGUGUGCACGAUGCGGCUAUCUUUUGGAUUAUUACGACCGUAUUUCUAGUGCACAAGGAUUAGUGCGCUUUCGA